AAUGAGUUUACUAACACAACCAAUCACAAUAACAAGUGAAAAAGUUUUGAAAACAUAAGGUGAUAGCUCUGAGAAUGUGUUACCAGAUUCUGAUUAAGAGGAUAAUUUGUAGAGUCCCUUUUAAAAAGAAACACCAUCCUCUUCAUCAAAGCCUCUCAAACAUAUCAGUUUCAGUGGAACCAAUUAAAUAUUUUAUUUUCCAAAAAGUGGUAAAAAAGAUUUCUCACCUUCACCAACAAGAAAAAGCUCUUCAUCAAUUUAAUCAAUACUGAAAAAUAAGGAUAAAGUAAUUUUCUUUACAGAUGAUAAAUGA